CUUCUGCGAGGCUGUACCACUGGCAGCCACGCACAACUCUUCUAUUUUCUUCUUCCAGGUUGAUGUUAUAGUUUGUCCCAACCGAGGAGCACAACAACAGCCCCUUCUUAGCCUGUAACCACCAUCAACCCCGCCAUCGUCACAGCUACAAUCGACCCUGAGGACGACGGCCAACCCCCAUCGCUCGACGCCCGACACAACGUCCACGACAUUUGAACAGGCCAGUCCCUGCAAACCAGAUUGACCCUGUUUGUUCGCUUCUGUGGAGUUUUCGCCUAGCUGCGGACGCUCCCUGACAUAGCAUUUGGCGUUCCGCCCACCUAUAUAACAUUCACCUCUGCUGAGCAGCUGGUCGAUGUCAUACGCCCGUAUCCAGAGCCCCUCACUAGACAACAUUAGGCCUCCCUUCACAACCUCUCACUACCCUCCAACCUCACAACACGCUCACUCUCACUCGGCCGACAUGCACGCCACGCAAGGCAAAAUCGCGGGAUGGUUCCCUGUUAUGUAUCCUAUCAAACACAAGAAGAUGACUCCUGCGAGGAGGAGGAAACUUUUGUUGUCGUAUGCACCCGACUGGGCUAUCACCCUUCUUCUAGCUGCGGCGUUCUAUGCAUUGGACAAAGUGACAGGAUAUCGCAGGCAAUUCUCACUGGAUGAUUCUUCGCUUCGCUAUCCGCACGCCUUGCACGAACGUGUUCCUAAUGGCCCUCUCUACUUCAUCGUGUUUGGCAUCCCGAUUAUCCUCAUGCCUCUCAUCAACUUCUUCACUGUGCGCUCAUGGUGGGACCUUCAUAAUUCCUCCCUCGGUCUUGUCCUUGGCCUAGCUUUGACUGGCGCAACGACGCAGUUUAUCAAGAUCACUGUUGGUCGUCCAAGACCUGACAUCAUCGAUCGGUGUAUCCCUCCCCCUGGCGCCACGAAUUCCGAGUUCGGCCUCUUUGACUGGACACAAUGUACACAAGCCGACGACUCCUUGCUAAACGAGGGCUUCAGAAGCUUCCCUUCAGGACAUUCUUCAAUGUCCUUCGCCGGCCUUGGUUUCCUCGCCUUCUACCUUGCCGGGAAGCUCCACUUGUUUGACACACGUGGUCAUGCUGGCAAGGCAUGGGCUGCUUUGUUCCCCUUCUGUGGCGCCGCGAUGGUCGCUAUUUCUAGGACCAUGGACUAUCGACACCACUGGCAGGAUGUCAUUGUUGGAUCCGCUAUGGGAAUCAUCUUCUCGUACUUUGCCUACCGCCAGUAUUACCCUCCUUUGGAUUCCGAAGUCGCACACCGCCCAUACAGCCCCCGAAUCAAGGACUCCGACAGCCACAUCUUGCCGACGCAUAUGUCGACCGCCAACACCACCGCUUACAAUCCCAAUCCCUCGUUCCCGCCUUCGAACAGGUACAACAACUCUCCUUCACCCCCACCCAAUCCUUUCCUCGCGAGCAACGAUGGCUCGGGAAUGGCCAAUGCAGGCGGUUAUGAUACAGUCCGUUUAGGCGUUGACGGCACCGUUCCUCGACCUGGACCUGGUUCCAUGGAAGAAGUUUGGAAAGAGGGCGCGUCGAGCGGCUUCGAUGGUACGGUUCCGAGAAGUCGCGGCACCCCAAGUACAGACGAGAGUAGUGAAGGGCACUCGACUGCACCAUUGACGGCCAGGGAACAACAGCAGAGGCAAUUUCUGCAACAACAGCCUCGGUCAACGUCUCCCCAACGUCAAGAUGAGUACUCUAUACCUUUGAGAACUCCUACGCAACAGUCCCAUCCUCCUCAACAACCUCCGCAACGAUACGCCACACAGGACGCGUAUGAUGGUAUUCAGUGA